GAUGGCGGCCACCAAAAGGAAGCGGCGUGGAGACCUGGCCAUCCAGGCCAAGAGGCGAAAACGGAACAAAAAAGAUGCCGGAUCACCGGCUAAGCAGCACGACAUGGCAAAGGAGGCCGAAGAGGAAGGCACAGACUGCAUCCCCGGCCCUGUUAGCAAGGGCAAGUGGAAGAAUAAGGAACGGGUUCUCAUCUUUUCUUCCAGAGGAAUAAAUUUCAGAACAAGGCAUUUGAUGCAAGAUUUAAGGAUGUUGAUGCCUCAUUCUAAAGCAGAUACUAAAAUGGAUCGUAAAGAUAAGUUAUUUGUGAUUAAUGAGGUCUGCGAAAUGAAAAACUGUAAUAAGUGCAUCUAUUUUGAGGCCAAGAAAAAGCAAGAUCUUUAUAUGUGGCUUUCAAAUUCACCUCAUGGACCAUCUGCUAAAUUCCUUGUUCAGAAUAUUCAUACCCUAGCUGAACUCAAGCUGACUGGAAACUGUUUGAAGGGUUCUCGGCCCCUUUUGUCCUUUGACCCUGCCUUUGAUGAAUCGCCUCAUUAUGCUUUGUUAAAAGAACUCUUAAUUCAGAUCUUCUGUACGCCCCGCUAUCACCCCAGAAGCCAGCCCUUUGUGGACCAUGUGUUUACUUUCACCAUUCUGGAUAAUCGGAUAUGGUUUCGGAAUUUCCAGAUUAUAGAGGAAGAUGCUGCUCUGGUAGAGAUAGGGCCUCGUUUUGUCUUAAAUCUCAUCAAGAUUUUCCAGGGAAGUUUCGGGGGACCUACUUUGUAUGAAAAUCCUCACUAUCAGUCACCAAACAUGCAUCGCCGUAUCAUGAGAUCCAUCACAGCUGCAAAAUACAAAGAAAGACAGCAAGUGAAGGAUGUGCAGAAACUGAGAAAGAAAGAGCCCAUGACCGUGCUGCCCCAUGACCCCACUGAAGAUGUGUUCGCCACCCCAGCCGAGGAAAAGCCCAUCGAGAUCGAGUGGGUGAAACCAGAGCCCAAGGUGGAUUUGAAAACGAGGAAGAAAAAGGUCUACAAAAGGCAACGAAAAAUGCAACAGAAGAUGACCAGGAAGGGUGCAAAGUGAAUGCAGUUGUUUUGUAUUUAAUUUGCAUUCAGAGUGUAAAUAUUUCUAUUACCCAGAGCUGUCUAACUCGUGUCAUUUAAAAGAAAAAAUGAAAUACCAUGAACUUUUUUUGUAUGGAUUUAAUGGUAUCAGUAUGUUUCUAAAUAAAACAACUCAUCUUUUUCUGUU